AUGGACUUUCCAACCUAUCCUCUCGCCCUGCCUCAAAAAGCUCCAGCUCACUUUGACGAUGAUCAGAGACGGGCAUACAAUACAUGCGUCGCCGUGCAGGGCUUAUGCGACUGUGCCGAAGAGAAGGAUUUAAUCCGAGCGCGCAUCCUCGGCUGGUUUCUGUUCUCUCCACCAGUGCCUACCGCGCGCAGAGAUCUCGCUGUCCAAAUCAACAGCUGUGAAAACAAGAAGGUGGUGGUCCUGGAACUAGGGGAAAUGUGGUGGCAGCAUUUUAUUCGGAUUUUCAAGCGAGCUGGUACUCCAGCCCCGUCCGAGCAUCCGUCUCGACCAUCCUUUGAAGAUCAGGCAUUUUUGCAGAAUCAGGGCCGAAAAGCCAUGAAUCGAGCAAAGCUAAGUGGAUGUGUCGACGAAGUUUCAAUUCAAGCCGGCUUGGUCGCAGCUCCGGCCAGCAACGGCUCCAUUCCUACGAGGGCAAACACGAAACUGUGUCACAUCAUUCCACAAGGCUUCAUCAGUAGGCAGCACGAUGAUGACAAGCGCAGGUGGACCGGCACCUGCAUGGCCGUCUUGACGCGGAUGACAGACGAUGAACUGCCGAUGUAUUUAUACGGGCCGCAGAUCCACCGGCUCGAGAACGUUUUUACGGGCACUUCGCUCUGGCACGAGCGGUUCCAUAAUCUCCGCUGCUACCUAGAACCUCAGGGUAUUUUAAACAAAUACAAGCUGAAGACUCUUCGUGAUUACGAGAUGGGCAAUGUGACCAUCGACCUGACGUCGGACGACCCAGACUUGCCUGCUCCUUCGCCAAUACUGCUCGCGAUUCACCGGUCUUGCGCCAUUGUCGCUCACCUGGCCGGUGCGGCAAAGUACAUGGAUUUGCAUCCUGAGGAAGACGGUGAGGAUUAUGCAGUGCUGAGCGGAAUCAAGCACGAAUCUCCGGAGGAUCGGGUUGACUUCGUACGAGGGAUUUGUAGCCGUCUCGACCCCGACGUUGUCUAUGGCCAGUCCCGGUGGAUUGUUGUGUAGCCAUCGCCGGCAUUGUAGUAAGCCUCAAUGAGAUCAGGGGAGCACUGGGCAUCAGGAAGAGGUUGGCAGUGCUUUUCGAGCCAUCGCAAGAGCCUCUUCUUCGACCGGGUCCUGAGUCCUUGCCACUGCGAUACUGCCACAACCUAUAUCGGUAUUCUCUGGGUAUACUCGAAGCAGCUCUCCGACAGCUUGGAAGAUGUCGAGUGAUACUUCGAACGCAGUGAGCUGAAUUCGAGCGCCGCAAAUCCGCUUGUUGAUAUGCAGUCGGUUGGAAGAGCGGCUUCGGCGGAAAAGGCUGAGUGUGGCGAGUCGGUGUUGGGAAUACGGCUCGUUUGGGGCUGAGCCGUCUACCCAUUAUCUUUAGGGACAGAAGCCAGGGUAUGCCUAUGAAGUUAGACCUGCAUUGGGGGAUGCUUUCACAAAAAGUCAACGAAACAGUGCUUCCCUGCGCAAGAAACCCUUUCACCGCCCUCCACGCACACACCAAGGUGGGAUUCGACUCCUUUGACAGGCAUUGGGUCUCUGUGUACAUGAUGCACUGCGGGCUCACAAGCUGGCUUCUUUUCCUAGCCUCCUUGGGAUCGAAGAGCUUUUCCCUACAGUCCAGUCAUAGGGUCGAUCCUGAUUUCCGGCCACAAGGCUCGCCUACUAUAAUACCAACAGGAUGGGUUCCCCGCUACAUGGUGAGGGGGAUGUACAGAGAUGAGCGGCAGAGAAGCAUACAAAAGGUGAUAUUCGGCGUCGUACAAUGUCUCGGAAGACACUGUUAUGUCCAUGUUUAGCCGGAGUGCAGAUGGAAUGUAUUCA